UAUCCCGAGCGGCCAUGCUAGAAGAGGAGGGAAUUGGGAGUAGAAGAAGGAGGGUGAGCGGCAUCAGAGAGAAGGAGUAGCACUGUGAAUGAUGGCAAUCUCCAUCCCUCUCAUGACUCUCGUCUCUUCCAAUUCCAAUCUCUCCCUCCUUUCAUCUCCAUCCUCUCUUUCUCCUCUCAGAUUCCCUAAUUCUUCCUCCUCUCUCAACAAGCUCUUCAUUCGCUCCUCUUAUUCUCAAACGGGUUCGCCCUCUGACUCCUUCAAUUCCAGCAGCAUGCAGCCUGGAAUGUCAUCUAUGUCUCCCUUUGGACUGUCAAUGGAUGAAUCUAGUAAGCCAUCAUACAAAUGGCGAAGGGUUUUGCUCAAAGUAAGCGGAGAGGCUCUUGCAGGAGAUCACUCUCAGAACAUUGACCCUAAGGUUACUAUGUCUAUUGCAAGGGAGGUUGCUGCUGUGACCCGUCUUGGCAUUGAGGUUGCACUAGUAGUAGGUGGAGGUAACAUCUUCCGUGGAUCCUCCUGGGCUGGAUCUAGUGGCCUGGACCGCUCAUCAGCUGAUUAUAUUGGGAUGUUGGCAACUGUUAUGAAUGCAAUAUUUCUUCAAGCAACAAUGGAGAGCAUCGGCAUUCCCACAAGGGUACAGACUGCAUUUCGAAUGUCAGAGGUUGCAGAACCAUACAUACGUAGAAGGGCUGUGAGGCAUUUGGAAAAAGGAAGGGUUGUCAUUUUUGCUGCUGGAACUGGAAAUCCAUUUUUUACCACUGAUACUGCUGCAGCACUCCGAUGUGCAGAAAUUAAUGCUGAGGUUGUACUCAAAGCAACAAAUGUUGAUGGUGUGUAUGAUGCUGAUCCAAGAUGUAAUUCACAUGCGCGUCUUCUUGACACACUUACAUAUCAGGAGAUCACUUCGAAAGAUUUGUCGGUAAUGGACAUGACCGCCAUCACUUUGUGCCAAGAAAACAAUAUUCCUGUUGUUGUGUUCAACCUAAACAAACCAGGUAACAUCUCGAGAGCCAUUAAAGGUGAGAUGGUUGGCACUUUGAUUGGGCCUGCGUGCAAGUCUGUCUUGGCAAGAACAUGACACUUUUGAGGAAUUCUUCAAAAUAGUGCCCGAAUUCUUACUUACAUUCUUAUUCAACCAUCAAGCUGAAGAUAUGCUGAAUUGCAAUCCGAAGUCAAGUAGUUGCUGAUUUCAACUAUCAAUCUGUAAAUAUAAUAUGACGUUUUUUUUUUUUGUUUGCCUUUCUUUCUUUUUGGGUUCUCCAUUGAGUCAUUCAACCUUUUGGAGAUCACAUGUAACAUCUCAACUACUUAAUUAGCACAUUUAAUGCUGAUAAUUUUGGUUAAAA